AUGAGUCACGUGAUACACUUCGUAGUUAUUUUCUGCUGUGUGAUUAUCCAUGGUUGCUGUGGAAAGAGUUUGUCUCCUGGCAACGCAUUGAUUACGAAAAGAAGUUCGUCGACUGAUCACAACAAAAACAUCAUCGCCAAUGCCUCGCAGGAAGAUGGCGGCUCGGGUAGUCAUGGCAACCACACAGACGGCAAAUCUCACAAGAGCCACGGUAUUCACGUGGCGAGUUGGAACUACGAGUAUGUGGAGCAGCCGUUUAUCAUCGCUUUGUUUCUUAUUAUUGCAGGAGUAUGUAAAGUAGGAUUCCAUCACGCCGAUUUCCUCUCCUCCAUCGUUCCCGAAUCGUGUUUACUCAUCAUCUUGGGCACUUUUGUCGGCUUUAUUUUGCAUUUGUUGCACGAAGAUGAGAUAUUUCCAAUUUAUCUCACUCCGAGGUUGUUCUUCUUGUUUCUCCUUCCACCAAUAAUACUGGAAUCGGCGUACAGCCUUCAUGAUCGGGUGUUCUUCGAUAACGUGGGGACCGUCUUAUUGUUUGCUGUUGUGGGCACGGUUCUCAACUGUUUUAUAAUCGGUCCGAGCUUGUACAUGUUGGCGGAAGUCGGUGUUAUGGGUGAAAUCCACAUAAACUUUGUCCAGUGCCUGGUUUUCAGUUCCCUGAUCGUCGCCGUGGAUCCAGUUGCCGUCUUGGCAAUCUUCCAGGAGGUAGGAGUGAACAACGUGUUGUACUUCCUUGUAUUUGGCGAGUCUCUUUUGAAUGAUGCCGUAACGGUUGUUCUCUACAAUAUGAUGAAAGAGUUUAAUAUCAUGGAGGAAGUCACAGCUGCGCAAGUGAUAUUAGGAAUCGCCGCUUUCUUCACCGUCAGCUUGGGGGGUCUCUUCGUGGGUCUACUGUGUGGGAUAUUCACCGCAGUUAUCACCAAAUACACAGUCAAUGUUAGAGUUGUGGAGCCCCUGGCAGUGUUCGUCUUAGCCUACAUGUCUUUCCUGGUGGCUGAAAUGUUCCACUUUUCCGGAAUAAUAAGCACCAUAGGCUGUGGGCUAACACAAGCGAACUACGCUUUCCACAAUAUAUCACAGAAAUCCAGUACCACUGUUAAGUACUUCAGCAAAAUGCAGAGCGCGACCAGCGACUGCGUCAUCUUCCUUUUCCUGGGCAUGACUCUCUUUCGAAGCCGUCUGAUCUGGCAUACGGGAUUUACCCUCUGGACCCUCGUUCUGUGCCUCGCCGUGAGAUUUUUGGUUGUGUUCUUCCUGACGUUUAUUGCUAAUAAAGUUAAUCGUUUGAAAAAGAUUGAUCUGGAAGAACAAUUCAUCAUGGCGUACGGCGGUCUGCGCGGGGCUGUGUGCUUUUCAUUGGUUGAUCUGCUGGAACCGGCCAAUAUCCCUCACAGAGACAUGUUUGUUACAACAACUCUUGUGGUUAUCUUCUUCACGGUUUUCGUACAGGGUAUCUCCAUCAAACCGCUGGUGAAAUUUUUCCGAAUCCGGCUUAAAGAAAGAAAGGUUUUAUGUAUCUACGAGGAAAUCAAUGUUCACGUAACAGAUCACGUGAUGGCUGGCAUAGAAGAAGUGCUUGGGAGAAAAGGCCAAUACUUUUGGAGGGAAAUACUGGAGUAUUACGACGACAAAUACCUGAGGAAUGUUUUUCAGAGGACGCCGAGUAAAACAGAUGAACGAAUUAUGGAAACCUUUGAGAAAAUAGCUCUGAGACAACACUUUGAGAACUUGUCGAACUCGAAGUUUCCGGAGAAGUACGCCAGUAGUUUGCUGCUGUUUAAUGAAGACGAGCGCGGAAGUAUUUCCAGUGACAUUGACGAAGAUGUCAGCAGCUCUGGGGAUUCGUCUUCAGAGCCUGAAACUCGUCCUGAUGAAGACAUAAAACCAUUUGAAAGCGGUAAACAAGACAUGAUCAGACGACGAUCUCGAGCUUUCAGUUUAAUCCCUACCAUUGUUGCUGCGGAGAAAAGACGAGAAACUCGCCCUUUCCGGCGUCAAAGUACAAAACCCGAGGCCUCGUGGGGUUCCGAUGUCGGCAAGCGGAAAGGGACAAAACUCAUCGGAAACCCCACCGUGGAAGACGUCCGUAAAAUGUUAGCAAAGAAUCCAGCGAAUCUUUUGCACCAAGAAAGAACCAACAAGAAUAUAAGACGAGAAGAAGACACCGACAUCUUGCAGCUUUUGCAGGAGAAACAAGCCAGGACUCGGCGAAUGUCCAUGUGCCUUGGCAACACCUAUGACGGGAUAUUCCAGGGUGCACUCCUACAGAGUAGGCAACACAAGAUGACUUCUUUUGACGAGGAUUAUCCAAAGAGGAAAAAGGGUCGCUCCCAGUCGUCCUUCACUCCUUCGGAUGCAGCGAAGCUAAAAGCGAAAAGGUCGGCAGAGUUUUCCCGAUCCGCCACUGUUGGAUACGAGGAGGCGCCACUCCGCUCCAAUACAGACGACCGGUCGCCAUUACUGGAAAGGUCAAAGGGCACUUUCGGGGCGGCCGCAGUUGAUCUGCAUGCUGAGUCGAGAGACGAGCUGUCCAGAAGUGGAGGGGAUAUCGACAAGAUUACCUCCCUUUCGAAAUCCCCAGAGCGCAGAAGGCGGAGAGAGAAAGAUCGGGUGAGAAAAUGGCGACACGGGCGUAUGAAGAAAGCAAAUACAUUUGACGUAGCGGAACCGUUACUGGAGGUCAUCGGUGAAUCGGAGAGCGUUCCAUUGAACGUCCUGGGUGAACAAUUAGGGGAGGAACAGAAGAGCUCCCCAUCCACCAAAACGCGGUCAAACCCAGCUCUGUCACGCACAAGCUGUCAAGGGGAGUUAACUGGAGGUGGAGAUCACGUGCUUGACAUACCAGUCCGUGGUGGCUUAGGUGUUGACGGAGUUAGUUCGGUAACUAGAAAUCGGUCAUACGUCGAUGCCGUCGCUUUGGGGGAAGAAAUAGCGCCAAAAGAAUCAACGGAGACGAACAAAGGUGUUUGACAGCCUUAGAAAUCCAUUAUCAAACGCAGAUACCUGGUGAAGGUCGGUGGUUCACGGUGGACAGGCCGGUUCCUCCACUCAUAAACCUUAUUCCGUAACACAGCCCGGAAGUGGGAGAUCACGUGAGCGCCCUAGUAUGGGCGAAAACAAAAUGGCUACCCCAUUUUCAUGAAAGCCCAUGUCUGCAACUCCGUCAACGACCAGUAAGGUCUAGCUGUAUACAAAGACAUCACCUAAACUCUAGAGAAACACCCAGACGGGAUCUGGAAAUGUGACAAUUACAUGAAUACGCUUUCACUGAUUUAAAAUUAAACAUUUACUUAUGCUACCGGUAUAACAUUAGGAGAGGGGCUAGUUUUCUCGCCCUCUAACUUCCUCUAGCUUUCUUGUGUCUCUAGCUUCGGGAACGUCAUACAGAAGGUUACACACGCGCAACCAAGAUUUGCCUCCGAAAUGAAGAGUGAAGGAGCACUGAUGGGGUAAUACUGCCACACAAAUAUUUUAGGUUAUUGAUAUACUAUAAAUUUCUGCACUGUUAUUUUGGGCCUAGUUAAAAUAUAUUAGAAUUUUGUCUGUUUUGGACAGAAUUGAAAAUUUUUUACCCAGUGUUCUUCCCAUCCGCCUGGAGAUUACCACGAUAAUAAAAUGCUAUAACUUCCAGCAAUCU